AUGAGGCGAAGUUUUCAACUUCUGCACGUGACACCUCAACGCGCCACUAUACUAAAGUGCAACGAGCUCUCGCAGGAGUUCAACUUUGAACCUUUACAAGGUCUUCAAUUCUACCCAGACCUGUUCACGCUGAACAUGUCCUACGGCUCAGUUGACGCGCGAAGGUCGGCCUUCACGAUGAGCUACAAGCUCGUGGAGACGGUCUUCGGCAUGCUUCAGGAGCUGAAGCUCUGCAGCUUCUCC